UACAAGGUAGAAUCACUUACAAUUGAAUUUUUUUAUUUUUAUUUUUUGCUGCAGUCUGUGCCACUUUACCUAUCAGAAAUGGCUCCCUACAAGUUCAGAGGAGCACUCAACAUUGGUUUCCAAUUAUCAAUCACAAUCGGCAUUUUAGCGGCGAGUAUACUGAACUACGGAUUCGCCAAAAUCAAGGGUGGAUGGGGCUGGAGGUUGAGCUUAGGUGGCGCGAUGGUCCCGGCUUUAAUCAUCACCAUCGGAUCGUUAGUCCUACCCGAGACACCAAACUCCAUGAUCGAGCGUGGGCAUCAAGACAAGGCCAGAACCAAACUCAUGAGGAUCCGAGGUUUGGCCAACGUCGACGAAGAGUUCAACGACUUGGUGGCGGCUAGUGAAGCUUCUAGACAAGUGGAGCACCCUUGGAGGAACCUUCUACAGAGGAAGUACAGGCCUCAGCUUACAAUGGCUAUUAUGAUUCCCUUCUUUCAACAGCUUACGGGUAUUAAUGUGAUCAUGUUUUACGCGCCUGUCCUUUUCAAGACGAUUGGAUUCGGGAGCGACGCUGCUUUGAUGUCGGCCGUUAUUACGGGUGGGGUGAAUGUUUUGGCUACGAUUGUUUCGAUUUAUGGUGUGGAUAAGUGGGGGAGGAGGUUCCUUUUUCUUGAAGGCGGUAUUCAAAUGCUCGUUUGUCAGGUUGUGGUCGCAAUAUGCAUAGCCAUUAAAUUCGGCGUGGACGGAACUCCAGGUGAGUUACCGAGAUGGUACGCAAUUCUGGUGGUGCUGUUUAUCUGCAUCUACGUGGCCGGAUUCGCUUGGUCGUGGGGCCCACUAGGGUGGUUGGUGCCAAGUGAGAUUUUCCCGCUAGAAAUCCGAUCCGCCGCUCAGAGUUUGAACGUCUCCGUCAACAUGGUGUUCACUUUUGUGGCUCAAAUAUUUCUGACUAUGCUCUGCCACCUGAAAUUCGGGCUGUUCUUGUUUUUCGGCUUCUUCGUGAUGGUGAUGACGGUGUUCAUAUACUUUUUCUUGCCGGAGACGAAGAAUAUUCCGAUCGAGGAGAUGGUGAUUGUGUGGAAGCAGCACUGGUUCUGGUGUAGGUUUAUUGGUGAUGGUGAUUAUCCUAAUGGAAAUGUUGAACUGAAGAAGGGAGGGGAUAGUUACAAAGUAUGAUUUUUAUAUUAUGGUGGUGCAUAAAAAAAAGUUUGAAUUGGAUUUAGUUUGUUACAAAGUAUUAGGUUCAAUUUCGAUGUAAUUGUUGAUGAGUCCCUCAGAAAAAAUAUAUAUACAUAUAUGGAUUAAAGGGUUGUUUGUAAUUGAUUCCAUGGAUGUUUGUAUUAAUUGAAAUAUUGAAUGAAGUGAUAUUGUGUAGUU